AUUUUGCCAAGGUUGGGCACGCACCCGUGACAAGUUUAUUUUGCCAAGGUCGGGCACGCACCCGGAACACCGCCUCAGGAAGUCCUGAUUGAAAGAUUCUCCCCUGGGCCUGAAAGCUUGAGAGAAUGAAUAACUCCUCCUCCUCAGGCCAGUCCUAAGGCGCAAACGAGCGCCAGCAGCAAGAUAGCAGAGGCAGGAAAAGAGCUGGCUGGAAGACACAUACCCUCUGAAGAUCAAGAGGGAGGCCGUCCCAGUACUACACAGCAGUCACGUCAGGCUGGGACAAUUCCUGUUUACAGAGGACUAUAAAACCCCUGCUCUGUCCUCACUUGGGGCUGAUCCAUUUUCGGCCUCAGACCGUCUGCACCCAGGCGCUCAUUAACACAGCGUUUUGCUCCACACUGUCUCGUGUUGUCUGUUUGCGAGUUCUCAGGGUUCCAACCAAUGCAAGAGCCUUGCAUCCAGUGCUGAGACCUGCGAGGGGCUUCGGUCCACAUCCGCCGUGCACCUACCACCCCUCCAUCCCGGAGAGCAGGCCACAGCAGCCGGACACAGGAAGCUGCUCAGCCUCUAGUCGCCUCUCUGGGCCUGCACAUUGGUCACUGAUCUCGUCUACUGGCACAGACGUGUUUAUCAGCCAACCCGACCCUCACAAAAGCUACAACCGAAGUGGACAGGCCCCUACACUGUGGUACUUGGCACGCUAACUGCAGUGAGUCCAAGGACUCCCCCACUGGAUCCAUCGUACCAGGGUCAAGGUCAAGCUCGCCCCCAAGGCUGCUUCUUCCUCCAAAACAUUAACAGCUAAGUGUUGCCUAGGUCAAUUUCUCCUACCAAGCUUAAAUUAACAUUUUUUUCCUAAAAAUCAAAACACAAGGAAUAUUAACCACCUGCUUCCAGGAAUGGCCUGUACCUACCCAACCUGCUAUACCUCUCUUCCACCCAAAAGUCUUAAUACAGGAAUAUCCCUCACCACGAUCCUAAUACUGUCAGUAGCUGUCCUGCUGUCCGCAGCAGCCCCUCCCAGCUGCCGUGAGUGUUAUCAGUCUUUCCACUACAGAGGAAAGAUUCAACAAUCCUUUACUUACCAUACUCAUAUAGAAAGAUCCUGUUAUGGAACCUUAAUCGAAGAAUGUGUUGAAUCAGGAAAGAGUUAUUAUAAAGUAAAGAAUCCAGGAGUAUCUGGCAGUCGUAAUGGGGCUAUAUGCCCCCAAGGGAAGCAGUGGCUUUGCUUCACCAAAAUUGGAUAAUGGGGAGUAAACACUCAAGUACUCGAGGACAUAAAGAGAGAAUAGAUUAUAGCCAAAGCCAAAGCCUCAAAACCAACAACUCCCCCUGAAAAUCACCCGCGGUAUUUCCAUUCCUUUAUACGAAAACUACAAGCAGAUGCAUCCCUUCCCAAGCCAGGAAAAUACCUGUUUGUAGAUCUAGGAGAACCAUCGCGCUUACCAUGAAUGUGUCCAAUUGCUGGGUAUGCCAGGGAGCUCGUGUGAGGGAACAGGGGCUGUGGGAUGGGCUAGACAUUCCCCCUUACUUACUAGCAUCCCAAAACCCCAGCCUCGCUUUCACUCCUCAGGAACGCCCGCAGUCCUGGACACUUACCAACCCAGUGAGAAUAUCCUGCAAGUGGACCAAUAAAACCCAUCGCGCCGUAGGUGAAAACCCCUGUCACCAAACCCUAACGGUCAACACCUCCAGAGCUGAGUGGUGGCCAAGCUUAUCCCCGGAGCCUGGUCUCCUUCUAACUUAAGCUACCUCAAUUGUGUCUUGUCCACAAAGGCCUAGUACUGUACAAACACCACUAACCCUUAUGCCGCAUAGCCCUGCCUAGGUGCACCAUGCGACAAUCCCAUGAACACCAGCCUACCAUGGACUGCCCCUGAUGGAUUCCUUUGGAUAUGUGGAACCCAGGCUUACUCAUGGCUACCUAUCACUAGCAAGGUACUUGCUUCCUAGGCACAGUUAAACCUGGAUUCUUUUUACUUCCAAAGCAGGCGGGCAACACCCUCAGAAUCCCUGUGUAUGAUUAACCAGAGGAAAACGAUCCUCGGAGGUAGGAGGGAGCCAAAGAUGGCGAGAGGACGAGAAACAGGCCUUACAGUCCUGCCACUUGGGCGGAGGAUGGUUCGUGGGGUUAUCGCACUUUCAUAUAUACGCCAAAUAGAACAAUUAGACUACAGGCUAUUCUAGAGAUAAUCACCAACCAAACCACCUGAGCCCUAGAAAUGCUUGCACAACAACAAACCCAAAUGCAAGCGGCAAUUUAUCAAAACAGGCUGGCACUAGGCUGCUUAGUAGCAGAAGAGGUGGGGCCUGUGGUAGGUUUAAUAUCUCCAAUUGCUAUCUUAACAUAGGCGAUAAUGGAAAAGCGGUUCUAAAAAUCACUUCAAACAUCAGAAAAGUAGCCCAUGGACCAGGCCAAACCUGAAGGGAGGGGACCCAACAAAACUUCUAGGAGGUGGUUCUCUAAUUUAGGAGGAUUGAAAAUGCUGGUAGGGACGGUCAUCUUCAUCGUUGGGUUCCUCCUGUCUCCCGUUAUCCCACUGAUAAUGAAAGCCAUUAAAACUCUUGUUGA